UCUCCUCUUCUCCUCUUUGCCUCUUCUUCUGUCUGUGAGUCUGUCAAUAAAACCUUGAACAAAAGAGGUGCUUGGUAUCAUCAUCUAUAUAUAUAAGAUGAAGAAACUCAUUGUUGGUCCAUUUGGCUCUUGUGUUCAAUAUUUUGUUGCCAAAACCCCUCCUUUCAUCCUUCCUAUUGUGCACAAAAUGAUUUCUAAAUCAAUUGUACUGGCAGAUUCAGAUAAGUUUAUCUCGCGUUUUCUUCUUUUUGCAUUUGAGAAUUGUGUUUUCCAGCAAUCUCGAAAUUUAAUAGUUCGGUAUCGCCGUGAACCUGUUAAGAGCGAAAAAUCACGACAUACCCAAUCCAAAAUAGGCCCCCUCCCGUAUUUGAGUCCUCGCCUCUUUCCCCCAUAAAAACCCUAACCCCAGCCCCAUUCUGAUCCCUAACCUCCAUUCUCAUCUCGAAACAAAGCAAAUCGCAAUGGAGGGCGAUGAUAUUGGCGCGAGGAAAGCUGAUGACACUAUCGGACGAAUGUUGUCUUCCGGCUCAGAUUCCAAGCGCGUCUCAGGCUCGGAUUCCAAGAUCUCCGGCUCAGAAGCCGAGGUCCUUCCUCAUGCGGUCUCCGAUUCCGGUGGAGUCUCAGGCUCCGAUUCCGAGAUCUCCGGUUCAGAAGCCGAGCUUCUUCCUCAUACGGUCUCCGAUUCAGAUCUCGACUCAGGCUCGGAUUCCAAGAUCUCCGGCACAGAUCCCGAUGUUGUACCUCUAGCUCCGCGCGGUCACGGACGUUCACUCGGUGGUAGCCGCCUUCCAAACUUGGUCAGACAUGGUGCCCGUGGUCUUGGCCACGGCACGGGAGGUCUUGUCCACAUCACAGGAGAUCUUGGCCAUGUUGUAGGAGGUAUAGGCCACAGUGCUGGAGGUCGAGGUCAUGUUGCAGGAGGUAUAGGCCACAGUGCCGGAGGUCGAGGCCACGGUGCUGGAGGUCGAGGCCAUGUGGCAGGAGGUAUAGGCCACAGUGCUGGAGGUCGAGGCCAUUUUGCAGGAGGUAUAGGCCAGGGUGCCGGGGGGACGAGGCCACAUUGUCAUAGGGCGAGGCCAGGGUUCCGGUGGGAGGUAUUCAAUCAACUACUUUUUAAGAUUCGUUGUGCGCCUUGGUUUUGGACCAGUUCACUCUCGAGGAUUACUCGGAUUCACAGGAAUGAUGGGGUUUAUGCUGUGCAGCAGCAGAGCGGGAAGUUUCAUGUGUGAUGCCUGCUGUACCAUCUUCUGAAGUAAAUAGGAACUCUUUGAGAUUUGUGGAGCAGCGAAUGCUAGAUGUUGAUUUAGUGUACAUUUUGUUGUUUACAAAGCUGGACAAGUCAGAGUCUUACUGCUACUACGGAAACAAGCAUAUUUUGUUGCACCUUUUGAAGGAGUUAUCCUCUCUUGCUUUCUUAUGUUCAUGUUGUAUGAAGUUCUCACUUUCGUGCGUAUUUCUAUGACUGCUCUGGUGGCUGUACUUCUUGAGGCUGUCAAUUACAUAAAUUGAAGAUACUUCCCUAGUUACAUAGUCAUCCUCUAGACAACUUAUUCUCAUUUCUAUAGGUAUUGCAGAAUGAAAUGUUCUCUGAAACCAAGUUGUAUAUUGUUCUUUUUCUUUCCCCCUCUA